AAGACGUACCCUAAACCCCUCCUAUCUCAGUGAAUGCGGACGUCAGAACCACAAUCAACUAAACUCCUAAUUGUUUCUCUCCAACAGGAUUUUAUAUUUCUCAGAGACAUAUCAAAAUCAGCCCUUCUCCCUGCUCCGAAGAACCUCUCAUCUCACUCACACGGCUCUCCGUCACGUGACCCGGUCUUUCUCACAGGCUACAAGUGAAGACGGACACAUCGGGGACGCAACUGUGCCCAUCCUCAUCCAAUUCCAAGGGCUGAGCAGUGCCACCCACCAGUGCCAUGGCUGGCAUCACUAUCCGGAGAUUUGAGGAAGACGACAAGGAGACCGUGAAGGAGAUCUUCACCAUGGGGAUGAGCGAGCACGUCCCUUCCUCCUUCAUGCACCUCCUCAAACAGCCCCUGACCCAGAUGAUCCUGAUGGUCACGUUCUGCGCCCUGCUGGCCAGCUCCAAGUCCGUCCUGCUGCCUGUAGUAGGGGUCACUCUCCUCCUGGCCGGGGCCAAGCAGCUGGUGGGCUACCUCUUCAACAGCUACAUCGACACCUCCCUGAGGAAGGACCUCGACCACAUCCAGGAGACCUACCUGGAGAACAAGGACUCGUGUUUCUGGGUGGCUGAGAGCGACGGCCGGGUGGUGGGUUCGGUGGCCUGCCUGCCCGCGGAGAGAGAACCGGGCUGCAUGGAGCUGAAGAGGUUGUCUGUACGUCGGACACACCGGAGGAUGGGUAUCGCUAAGGCCCUCAGUAGGACAGUGGCAGACUUCAGCAGGGAGAGAGGCUUCCCUGCGGUCGUUCUCUACACGUCUGUUGUGCAGACUGAUGCACAGAGGCUGUAUGAGAACGUAGGCUACACACGGGUCAGAGAGUUCGUCAUCCCUGAGCCCAUCGCCAAAAUCACCAACUUUACUCUGAUAGAGUAUAAACUGGACUUACUGCAGGCGGGGAAAUAGGAAGAGGACUGGACUUACUGCAGGGGGAAUAGGAGGAGGACUGGACUUACUGCAGGCGGGGAAAUAGGAAGAGGACUGGACUUACUGCAGGGGGAUAUAGGAGGAGGACUGGACUUACUGCAGGGGGGAAAUAGAAGGAGGACUGGACUUACUGCAGGGGGAAUAGAAGGAGGACUGGACUUACUGCAAGGGGAAUAGGAGGACUGGACUUACUGCAAGGGGAAUAGGAGGAGGACUGGACUUACUGCAGGGGGGAAAUAGAAGGAGGACUGGACUUAUUGCAAGGGGAAUAGAAGGAGGACUGGACUUAUUGCAAAGGGAAUAGGAGGAGGACUGGACUUACUGCAGGGGGAAUAGGAAGAGGACUGGACUUACUGCAGGGGGAAUAGGAAGAGGACUGGACUUACUGCAGGGGGAAUAGGAGGAGGACUGGACUUACUGCAAGGGGAUAUAGGAGGAGGACUGGACUUACUGCAGGGGGCAUAGGAGGAGGACUGGACUUACUGCAGGGGGAAUAGGAGGAGGACUGGACUUACUGCAAGGGGAUAUAGGAGGAGGACUGGACUUACUGCACGGGGAAUAGGAAGAGGACUGGACUUACUGCAAGGGGAUAUAGGAGGAGGACUGGACUUACUGCAAAGGGAUAUAGGGUGAGGACUGGACUUACUGCAGGUGGGAUAUAGGAGGACAGGACUUACUGCAGGGGGAAUAGGAAGAGGACUGGACUUACUGCAGGGGGAUAUAGGGUGAGGACUGGACUUACUGUAGGGGGGAUAUAGGAGGAGGACAGGACUUACUGCAGGGGGAAUAGGAAGAGGACUGGACUUACUGCAGGGGGAUAUAGGAGGAGGACUGGACUUACUGCAGGGGGGGAAAUAGGAGGAGGACUGGACUUACUGCAGGGGGAUAUAGGAGGAGGACUGGACUUACUGCAGGGGGAAUAGGAAGAGGACUGGACUUACUGCAGGGGGAUAUAGGAGGAUGACAGGACUUACUGCAAGGGGAUAUAGGAGGAUGACAGGACUUACUGCAGGGGGAUAUAGGAGGAGGACUGGACUUACUGCAGGGGGAUAUAGGAGGAUGACAGGACUUACUGCAGGGGGAUAUAGGAGGAUGACAGGACUUACUGCAGGGGGAUAUAGGAGGAGGACUGGACUUACUGCAGGGGGGAAAUAGGUUGAGGACAGGAUUUACUGCAGGGGGAAUAGGAGGAGGACAGGACUUACUGCAGGGGGGGAAAUAGGUUGAGGACAGGAUUUACUGCAGGGGGAUAUAGGAGGAGGACUGGACUUACUGCAGGGGGGGAAAUAGGUUGAGGACAGGACUUACUGCAGGGGGAAUAGGAGGACAGGACUUACUGCAGGGGAAAUAGGAGGAGGACUGGACUUACUGCAGGGGGAACUAGGGUGAGGACUGGGCUUACUGCAGGGGGGGAAUAGGAGGAGGACUGGACUUACUGCAGGGGGGGAAUAGGAGAAGGACUGGACUUACUGCAGGGGGAAAUAGGGUGAGGACUGGACUUACUGCAGGGGGGGAAAUAGGAGGAGGACAGGACUUACUGCAAGGGGAUAUAGGAGGAGGACUGGACUUACUGCAGGGGGGGAAAUAGGAGGAGGACAGGACUUACUGCAGGGGGAAAUAGGGUGAGGACUGGACUUACUGCAGGGGGGGAAAUAGGAGGAGGACAGGACUUACUGCAAGGGGAUAUAGGAGGAGGACUGGACUUACUGCAGGGGGAAUAGAAGGAGGACAGGACUUACUGCAGGGGGAAUAGGAGGAGGACAGGACUUACUGCAGGGGGAAUAGGAGGAGGACAGGACUUACUGCAGGGGGAAUAGGAGGAGGACUGGACUUACUGCAGGGGGGGAAAUAGGGGGAGGACUGGACUUACUGCAGGGGGAAUAGGAGGAGGACUGGACUUACUGCAGGGGGAAUAGGAGGAGGACUGGACUUACUGCAGGGGGGGGAAAGGAAUGUUAUAAUAUCUGUACAUUAUAGGAACACCUGUAUUUACAAAAGUACAAUAAUUAAUGUUUUACUUUGGCUUGAGAUUAAGAAUCAGUGGUAGAGACUUUAUAAGUGCAUGAAGAGGUACAAAAGUAAGAUGCCUGUUUUUUUUUAAACUAUACUUUCAGUUCCUGUUGAUACUAUGCCCAGUCUGUCUUCUACUAGCACAUGAUCGCAAUAGGAGGAAGAAGGAUUGUGAGACUAACUGCCAAUAACACAAGAAGCUGAACUCUGCCUAGCAGAGACAUCUUUGUAAUAAAGUUAAAGGACAUCACCCUGGACGGGGUGAACCUCAGUCGGGGAUAAAAAGGGAAAACACCAUCUUGAGGACUGAGUGUGUUACUUGCAAAUGACUGUAAGUGUAAACUCCGGGUUGCAAUCCAGCUUGCAAUCUUUAUUAAACAAACAAACCUCUGAUCAA